AUGUCGCCAAUACCCUCCAGACCAGCGACUAUCAAUCAUUAUAAUAGACCCAUAUUCUCACCUGGAGGAACUCCAUCGUCAUCAUCAUCAUCUUCUUCGUUACUAGCAAGCUCAUCGCAAACUAAGUCAUCAACACCAUCUUCUUCAGGGAAUAGUAGUAACGUCCUCGUUAUUUCCAACCGUCUACCGGUAACGAUCCAGAAAAAUCUCGAUGGAACAUAUGAAUACGCCAUGUCAUCUGGUGGCCUAGUAUCUGCACUUUCUGGCCUUAAAAAGACAAAGAACUUCAAGUGGUUCGGUUGGCCUGGAGGAGAGUUUACAGAGGAACAGAAGCCACGCGUGCGUGACGACCUUAUGAAGCGAUUCAGCUGUAUCCCAGUUUUUCUUUCAAAUGAAACUGCAGAUCUUCAUUACAAUGGCUUCUCAAAUUCAAUCUUGUGGCCGCUGUUCCAUUAUCAACCGGGAGAAAUGAAUUUUGACGAGCAAGCCUGGGACGCUUAUACAGUGGCCAACCGACAGUUUGCACAGACCAUUGUUGAAAAGAUUGAAGAUGGCGACCUUGUAUGGGUCCACGAUUACCACCUCAUGCUGCUGCCGGCCAUGCUGCUCGAGGAGCUUGACAAUUUAGCUCGCAUCCGAGGUGAGCCUGUCAAGCGCAUCAAGCUUGGGUUUUUUCUCCAUACUCCAUUCCCAUCUUCUGAGAUUUAUAGAAUCUUGCCUGUGCGCCGUGAAGUGCUGCUCGGUGUGCUUUCCUGCGACCUCAUUGGUUUCCACACGUAUGACUAUGUGCGCCAUUUUCUUUCUGCGGUAACACGCAUUCUCGGGCUCCAAACGUUACCUAAUGCCAUUGUAUAUCGCGGCCGUUAUGUGACAGUUUCUGCGUUUCCAAUCGGAAUUGAUACUGAAAAGUUCCUCGAUGGACUCAAACAGCCACCUGUUGUCAAGCGCAUUGCAGAACUACGCCAAAAGUUUGGAGAUACAAGACUCAUUGUUGGGGUCGACCGGCUCGACUACAUCAAGGGAGUUCCACAAAAGUUGUUGGCAUUUGAGGUGUUUCUCAACAACCAUCGCGAGUGGGUCGGCAAGGUUGUGCUGUGCCAAGUGGCUGUGCCGUCGCGCCAGGACGUGGAGGAGUAUCAGAGUUUACGGGCACAUGUUAAUGAGCUGGUGGGCCGCAUCAAUGGAAAGUUUGGCACAGUUGAGUUUACCCCCAUUCAUUUUUUGCACAAGAGCGUUGAUUUCAAUGAACUGGUCGCACUCUACGCCAUUUCAGAUGUGUGUCUGGUUACUUCAACCCGGGACGGUAUGAAUCUUGUUUCGUUUGAGUAUAUCGCAUGUCAACAGGAUCACUUUGGCUCACUUAUACUAAGCGAGUUUACAGGUGCAGCACAGAACUUAACGGGAGCACUAAUUGUCAAUCCAUGGAAUAUUGACGAAACAUCCCGUUCCAUUUUUGAAGCCCUAACACUUUCUGAAGAUAGGAAAAAGGGAAAUUUUGAAAAGCUUUUUGCCUAUAUUAGCAAGUAUACAUCUGGGUUUUGGGGCGAGAGUUUUGUAAAGGAGCUCCAAAAGAGUUGA